AUGUCUCGCACACCAGUCUACUUUCUCUCCCACGGUGGCCCAAACAUCAUGGAAGACUUCUCCCACCCAGCCUACACAAAACUCCAAGAAAUCGGCAAAGAGAUAACUCAAGCUGUCAAACCCAAAGCCGUAGUCGUGUUUUCCGCUCACUGGCAAGCCUCUCCAACGACCAUCGAGGUCAAUACCGCCGAACUCACAGACCUCAUCUAUGAUUACUACGGUUUCCCGGACCACUACUAUAAAGUAAAGUAUCCCAAUGUUGGCAGCAAAGACAUUUCUGCUCGCGUUUUGGACGCAUUGAAGACGGCAGGGAUACAUGCAAAGGGUGUGAGCAGGGGGCUGGAUCAUGGUGUUNUUGCACCGUUUACUGUGGCUUUUGAUCCGAAGAGCAAUCCUUUGGGUGUGCCGUUGGUGCAGGUUUCUCUGUUUGACAGUGAUGAUGCAGAUCAGCAUUACAGACUUGGAGAGGCGAUGCAAGGGCUAAGGGAAGAGGGCAUAUUGGUAAUUGUGAGUGGCAUGGCGGUGCACAAUUUGAGGGAUAUGUGGAAGGCUAUGCAGCAACCAGCUCCUAUGCCUUAUAGUGUUAGUUUUGACGCUGCAUUGAAGGAAGCCGUGGAGCAAAAGGUAUGUUUGACCCCUCAAAUCCAUCUGAAGAGAUCACAAGCUGACAAUCAAUACAGCNCAGAGAACAGACAGAAGGCAAUGGCGGACUUGCUGCGUAGAAGUGAUGCCAGGAGGGCACAUCCGUCAUUCGAACAUUUGUUGCCCAUCCACAUUGGUGCCGGAGCUGCUGGAAGUGAUGGCGGAAAGCAGCUCUGGACCCUGCCUCAGGGUAGCAUGUCUUGGGCGCAGUUCAGAUUUGGAGACGUCGGCGACAUUACAGCUUGA